UUGCUGUUUCGCCUACUCUUAUUACCUUUGAAAUAUUCAUUUUAUUCUUUCCAUCUUCCCUUUUUGUUUCUCCUUUUUUUGAUCUUUCUCUUCCAAAAAAAAUGGUGGUAUACCCCACUGUCCACUCGCUUUCACCACUUACACUCGUUGACUCUCGCUCACUCAACCAACCUCCAUCAUACUCUCUCCCACAUCCCACAUCCCCACUUUUCAUAAUUGAUUUGUGCUUUCCUGACAUGGAGCAUAAUGGCAUACAAUACACCACGCGCACUUUUUCACAUCCCUGUUUACUUGGAAUCUCUCUCACUGGACCCGUACCACUCUCAAAUGUAUCAUGUGCUAGCUAA